AUGCAGAGUCUUUUAUAUUCUUUGGAUCAGAAACCCACUACAAAGCGUAAACUGACAAUGAAGACACAUCCUCUAGUCAGUGUAAAGAGUGGGCCAAGCCCUUCCCUGGCAAGAUUCCCGACUGCAGGUGAAACUCCUGGUGAAACUUCUGAAUGCAGUUCUGGCAGACCCAUAUUGACCAAGUCUGGAGCUGAGGGCAAGGUGGUCCCUGUCUGGAGGAAGCAGGGAGCUGGGGUGGCUGUUCCUCCGGCCAGGAGCCCGACCGCCACUCCCCCGUGCUGUGCCAAGCGAAGUGGAGAAGGGCAGUUGUCCACGGGACAGUGCAGAGGAGGCAGCACCGUGCUUGCCCUUGGUUUAGUGAAUGAAGGUGGUUCCAAACAGGAUGGCCCACAGGAGAUACCUAGAUGCGAGGAGCCUCCAGGAGAAGAGACGGGAGGAGAUGGUGGAGAAGCACAGAGGGGUGCACAGAAAUCAUGGAUAGAAAGAGCAUUUUACAAGAGAGAAUGUGUUCAUAUCAUACCCAGCACCAAAGACCCCCAUAGGUGUUGCUGUGGGCGUCUAAUAGGUCAACAUGUUGGACUGACUCCAAGCAUCUCCAUUAUUCAGAAUGAGAAGAAUGAAGGCAGGCUUACUCGCAAUGACAUCCAGUCGGAGAAGUGGUCCAUCAGUAAGCACACACAGCUCAGCCCAACGGACGCUUUUGGAACCAUUGAGUUCCAAGGAGGAGGCCACUCCAAUAAAGCCAUGUAUGUACGUGUGUCUUUUGACACAAAGCCUGACCUUCUGUUGCAUCUGAUGACCAAAGAGUGGCAGCUUGAGCUCCCUAAACUUCUCAUCUCUGUACACGGGGGCCUUCAGAAUUUUGAACUUCAGCCAAAACUCAAGCAAGUCUUUGGAAAAGGCCUCAUUAAGGCUGCUAUGACAACUGGAGCAUGGAUAUUCACUGGAGGAGUAAACACAGGAGUCAUUCGGCAUGUUGGAGAUGCACUGAAAGAUCAUGCCUCAAAAUCUCGAGGGAAGAUCUGCACCAUUGGUAUAGCUCCCUGGGGGAUUGUGGAAAAUCAAGAGGAUCUGAUUGGCAAAGAU